CCUAACCAAAUACACUCUUCUCCAAAACAAACAAUUCAUUAUUUUUUUUUUCCUUGUCAUUUUUUCAUUCUUCAAUUACAAAAAAGAGUCUCAUUUUAGCUUCUUCCUCACAUGUUUCAUUCUAACAACCACACCUAGACGUAAAAGUUUAACCUCCCAACUCCCAUUUGAUGGGAUUUUGAUCAAAACUCCAAUUUUAGGUCAUCUUCUCUUAGACUUUUAUUCACACCCUUUUCUCUAUAUUAUCUUUAUUAAUAUAGACUAUUACAAACCAUUCUACUAUCAUUUUUUUAAAACAAAAACCUUAGGUUAUACAAAAAAUAUACAUAUAAUCACCUCCUAAUAAGCUAAGCUAAGCCAGCUAGAGAGUGUUAUUCUUUAUUUAUUAGCCAAAAAAAAAAUAACAAUGGCGAGCAUUGAGAUGGAUAAGGAGAGAUUCAUGGCGGAAAUGGCGUUCAAAGACGAAGCGUCUAUCGUCAUAAAAAUCCGUCGAAAAUUGCCGGAUUUUCUUCAGUCAGUGAAGCUUAAGUACGUGAAGUUAGGGUUGGGAUACUCCUUCAAAUCACCCACUUCGUUUUUGGUGUUCCUUUUGGCAUUACCUCUUUUACUGUCAACUUUGGUUCAGCUUACCGGUCUAAGAAUGGACCGGGUUUCUGAUCUUUGGACCAACCGGGCUGUUUUCCUCGACACGGCUACUGGUUUGACAGGAUUAGUAGUGCUGCUUGUUGUGUUGGGAGUGUACUGGGCCAAGAGAAACAAACACAUUUACCUCGUUGAUUUCGCGUGUUAUAAACCGGAAGACGAGAGAAAAUUGUCAGUUGAGUCUUUCCUUAAGAUGACUGUUGACUCGGGUCCUUUCAACGAAGAGAUGGUUCAUUUUCAAGAGAGGAUCGCAACCCGGUCCGGAUUAGGGGACGAGACGUAUUUCGCAAGAGGAAUUACGUCGCAGCCGCCUAAUUUGUCUAUGGCCGAGGCUCGAGCCGAGGCCGAGUUAGUCAUGUUUAACACGGUUGAUGCCCUAUUGGAGAAAACCGGGGUUAGACCGGAGGAAAUUGAUAUUUUGAUAGUAAACUGUAGUUUAUUCAACCCAACACCAUCACUUUCAUCUAUGAUAGUAAACCACUACAAAUUAAAGCCAUCAAUUAAGACCUACAAUUUAGGUGGGAUGGGCUGUAGUGCGGGCCUAAUAUCCAUUGACCUAGCCAAACACUUACUCAAAGCCCGCCCCAAUUCUUAUGCUUUGGUUUUUAGCACGGAAAAUAUUACACAAAAUUGGUAUUUUGGUAACGACCGAUCCAUGCUUUUGUGCAAUUGUAUUUUCCGCAUGGGUGGUGCGGCUGUUUUGUUAUCUAACAAGGCUAAAGAUCGUAGUCGAUCCAAGUACGAGUUGGUCCACACGGUCCGAACCCACAAGGGUUCGGACGACAACAGUUACAACUGUGUGUACCAACGCGAGGACGAAAAAGGGCUAGUUGGAGUCUCACUAGCACGCGAGUUGAUGGCGGUUGCGGGUGACGCGCUAAAAACCAACAUAACUACCUUGGGACCACUUGUGUUACCAUGGUCCGAACAACUUAUGUUUUUGGCAACCUUGAUUAGGAGGAAAGUAUUGAAGCAAGUCAAAGUCAAACCUUAUAUACCUGAUUUUAAGAAGGCGUUUGAACAUUUUUGUAUUCAUGCUGGUGGAAGGGCAGUGUUGGAUGAGAUUGAGAAGAAUCUUCAGCUUACAAACUGGCAUAUGGAACCUUCUAGAAUGACACUUCACCGGUUCGGGAAUACUUCGAGUAGUUCUCUUUGGUAUGAGCUAGCCUACACGGAGGCUAAGGGUCGUGUCAAGGGCGGGGACCGAGUUUGGCAAAUCGCGUUCGGUUCGGGUUUUAAGUGUAAUAGCGCGGUUUGGAAGUCAUUGAGGGAGGUUGAGGUUGGGAAGUGUAGGACGAACCCAUGGAUUGAUUCGUUGGAUAAGUAUCCUGUUAAGCUUUAAUCUUGGUUAGGUUGUAAUUGUUAAAACAUUUGGGUUGGACUGUUGGAGGGUGGUGUAAUGUGUUGGGUGCAUGUUUGGCCAAGAAUUUUAUUUUUUUGGCUAAUUAUUGGAUUUAUUUGUAGUGAUUUAGUUCAAGUUUGUUUGAGGUGCAAAUAUUUGUAAUUUGUUUGAUUAUUUGAAGAACCAUUCUUCACUUUUAAGUGUAUGAUGAACUGAAAGUUAUCAGUUUAUUUCGAAAAAAAGUAUGUAUUGCAUUAACUUAGAAGUGAAAUUCUAUAUUGAUAGAUUCAGAAAAUGUGUUAAUGUUAAAAAAUAAAAACUGUUGAAAGUUUUUUCAAUAGUACGGAUUAAUUCAAUGAUUUUUUAGUUGUA